CGCUACUUCGGUCCCUGCUGCUCUUCGCCGACGCGGGCACGGAUGCCAGCAAGGUCGCGGGCAAAGGCAUUGCCAGAGGCGACGGCACGAAGAGCUCAGGCAUCGCUGACGUCGACACCGCGGAUCUCUCGCGAGCCAAGCUCGGCACGAACCAGGAGCACCUCCUCGCGCCGGUCGAGGCCGCGGCCCAGGCCGACGUUGAGGCGCCCGCCCCUCCCCCACAGAACCCGCUCCAUGAGGCAGAGGUGAAUGCGCACGCUCGCAGAGUCUUGGAACCCGAGGAGUGGCUUGCGGACGCCCGCGAGGCCGAGCGCAAGGCGCCGGAGGAGGCUUGCACCGCCAGCCAGGAGUGGAGAACGGCGUGCGCCGCGCACGCGGGCUCGACGGCACCCACGUCAGCGACGCCAUCUCCCCACGCGUCGGCCAUCAACCUCUCGGCCCUCCUCGAGGGCAGCGAGGGCCAGGAGCUCGCCGUCGUCGAAGGGCCCCCUUGUGACCUCGGGGGCCUCGGGCUCCACGACGCGGAGAG